AUGUCUUCCGAGCAGGCACCACAGUCAGACAGCAAGGGUGCGACCCAGAAGGAUGCCUUGUUCUUCUUUCACAUUCUCAACAACAUGAAAAAUACUCCUGAGGUUGACUGGGAGGUUGUCGCUGAUCUGGCCGGCUACAACAAUGCUGGAACCGCCAGAACCCGCUUUGGACAAAUCAAGAAGAAGCUCUCCGCUCUCAGCGGUACACCUUCCAACACCCCGAAGGCUCCUCGAAGCUCCACCAAGCAGAAAGGUGGCGAGCUCGGCUCCGGUAGCAACAUCACCCCGACCAAGGUGACCAAGAAGCGUGGCAAGAAAACCAAGGUUGAAGUGAAGGAAGACAGUGACACGGAUGAUGCUCUGGCUACUAUUAUGGGUAAUGAGACCGAGGACGAGAAGCUCGAAGCUUAG